AUGUAUUUCUCUACUAUGCUUCCGCUACUUGCGUUUGGCUUCCAUUGCGCUGCUGCAGCUAGUGCACAGGAAUCAGAGGCAAUCGAGCCACUAUUCCUUGAGUUCUCUAUUCAAGAAGUCCUUACCAACACAUCCUGGAUCCCGGUAGUCGAGCCAUGGGCCAGCCAGUAUGUCAGCGUAGUUCGCGAGGGUAGAUACGGCGAUGCCGUAUGGGCACGGUAUCACAUUGCGGGAGAUGUACGCAACGGCAUCGUCGGAGGCACGACCAACAUGACAGUGCUUCAGAGCAUCGAAGAAGAUGCAUUAGGCUAUAAAAUCAGCGACCCGGAGGACUAUGCCAAGGCUGAAGCAUUCUAUGCCCAGACAAGCGACCAUGACGGACACAAAGACAUCAUUCAGACUCUUUCACAUAUCUACAUCCAAGAUAUCAGUCACCUUGAAGCACGCGUUACAUACUCAACCACAUGCAGCACGGAUUUCAAUGCUGCAAAGGCCGACUGCACCGAGCUGCUCGACAGAAUGUCAACGCGGAGGACGAACAUAGGGGCUCAUCCACUGAUCUAA